GACAUACCAAACCCCAGCUGCGACCAUAACUGACUGUACUUCAGUGCUAGAGCACUCGGGGUUCUCGGUGCGUAACGUGCUCUACGGCAAAGAAGCAGACUUCCCCCAACUGCAGUGUGGUUACUGAAACGAAUGAAACUGAGUCUUUCCUGGAUGAAGCCCGAUGCCUGAAGGUCACGGAGCAGAAUCAUAAUUAGGGGUGAUGUGAAACAUGGGGUGGGACUGCAAGUGUAGCUUCAGUCGGCAUUGAAGGAGAACACAGCCACAAUUUUAUCUGAUCCAGUACCAGACGAGUUCGUGAAUUGCAGUGAAACGGUGGAUGUGCUUUGGGACAGUUAAUAGAUACAUCUGUAUAUAUACUUUCAUCUUACGAGUUAUGAUGACAGGAUUAGGAACUAAUUUUUAGCGUGUUUACUGUUCUCAAGGCGGCAGCAGAGGUUAUAUGCAAACUGGGUAUCGAGCCUGAAGCUACAAGAAGGAAAGAAGAUUAUCAAGAUGGGAGCGGUGGACAAGGAAGGUCGCAAGCUGGUGGCCCCAGAUGGAGGGUGGGGGUGGAUAGCUGUCAUUGGUGUUAUGAUGGUCAAUCUCUCAACACGUUCCAUUGAGCCUUCAUUUGGGCUGUUGUUUGGAGACAAACUCCGGGACAUGGGAGUGGCAACAACGGGAGCUUCAGUCAUUAUGAGCGCUCUGGAUGCAACAAUCAACUUCUCUGGUCUGUUUGUGGGCCCUCUUAUCCGGAAGUAUUCAUACCGCAAAGUGGCUCUUGUUGGCGCUGUACUGAGUGCACUAGGACUAAUAACCACAUUUCCUGCAGAGAGCAUGGCACAUAUCCUUUCAACAUAUAGUAUUAUGGGGGGUUUAGGGGUUGGUUUUGCAUGGUCAUCUACAUUUGUAGCAUUGAAUCAUUACUUCAGCAAGAAACGGGGUCAGGCCAUUGGUUUGUCCAUGGUAGGUACUGCAUUGGGCAUGAUGGCAAUGCCGCAAGCAGUGCAGUUGUUGCUGGAGGAAUACAAUUUUCGUGGAUCUGUCCUCAUUCUGGGAGGUGUUGCCCUCCAUGCCCUUGUGGGUUCCAUGCUACUGCAGCCUAUCAAGUGGCAUCUCCGGCCAGAGGAACCCAAGGAGGAAGAGAAUCAGCAACUUGAAAAUAAGGAGCUUGAAUAUGAGGCACAGUCCCCAUUGCUGGAUAAAUCUAAGAUUGUGGUCACAGUCAUCCCUGCCUCUGGUGAUAUAGACAAGCAGGAACCGAUCAGCAGGAAACGUUCUCAGCAACUCCUGCGUAUUGUAUCUACUGGAAGUAUGUCAGCUCGUAAGCGCAAAGAGUCAGUCAUAUCAAACAUUUCCAGCAUGGACUUUACUGGCAGCACUUGCCAGAUUCACACGCACAUGGGCAGUGAUGAGGAAGAUGGCCAACCUGGGGGUCUGGUUAUGAAAAAUCUUGGAAGGAAGAGUAGAUCACCUGUAAACAAUGAUAUCAACAAGAACUUACCAACAUCUGAGAAAGGGGAUGACAAAAUUGAAUCGGAGAUGUCAACAUCUCCCCGUCACAUCUCAUACUGGAAGCGGGUUGUACAUUUCAUGGACUUGGACUUAUUGAAAGAUCUCAUCUACCUCAACAUUCUGUUUGGACUCUCAAUAUUCUAUGUUGCAGAAUUGAAUUUUAAGAUGAUAGUUCCUUUCUUCUUAAAUGACUUGGGAUAUACAAAGCAAGACACAGCUUUCUUCCUGUCCAUGACUGCUGUGUCAGAUAUCUUGGCACGUGCUGUACUGCCACCUAUCUGUGAUAGAGUGAAGAUAAGGAGGAGGACACUCUUUGCAAUAGCUUCCAUCUUCCUAGGCCUCUCCAGAUCAGCACUUGCAGAACAGACAGAAUAUACAGCAUUGAUGGUAACUCUAGUGAUAAAUGGAUUCUUCAGAGGAGCCACACUCAUCAACUUCACACUCACUAUAUCUGAACACUGUAGCCUGGAGAAGUUGCCUGCAGCAUUUGGACUCCAUAUGGUGGCCAAGGGACUGUUCAUUGCAGCAUUAGGCCCUCUCAUAGGUGUUAUUCGAGAUGUGUCUGGAAGCUUCCCACUUUGUAUUCACUCCCAGACUUUGCUGAUCUUCACAUGUGUAGUAGCCUGGGGUAUAGAGUACCUAGUCACAAGGACAUCAUCCAGUAGCAAGCAAGAUAAUACAGAUAAUACGUAACAUUUGUCAUUACUACACCACUCUGUUGUUAUAUGCAAGUCUCACUUGGGACACAAUGAUUUCAAAGUUGAUAGCACUGUUGAGAAAGCUCAAGGCUUGCCAGGUGAGUAUUUAAGGUACAACCUAUAUUAAUGUGGUAAAUUGGAGGCAUUAAGUUUGAACGAUGGUACCUGUAAUCAGAGGUGUAGUCCUUCAAGUUAAAGUGCUAGAGCAGUCUGGUACACAGUUCUGGGUUGAAGGAAGUUGGUAUGAAUUGUAAUGUGUGGCUGUUCUUUUUUAUAUUUGACAGCUUUACAUUUUAAGCACAGAACUGAAUGAUAAACAGCACACAAAAUAUGUAUAUUCAAGAACCUUUUCCUUCAUGUAGAUAGGUGAGAAAUUGAAUAAGCUGAAAUGUAUUCAUGUUUGAUAUAAUUUUUUAAAUAAGUGCCAGGUCAAAAGAAAAAAAAAGAAAAGAAAGAAAAAAUGGAUUGGGGCGCCAUUCUGAAUCGCUCUGGUUCACUUACAACCCUGACUCCAACAUCAGAACAACCAUUUCAAUGUAAUUAAUGUAAGUUGGUCUUGGACCUUCAGAGAUGAUGUUCUCCUUUUGCAUAUGCAAUAAAGGAUCACAGCCAUGAAUGCUGCUUAGACUGAAUUGCAACUGCAAUUGCUAAAAGUUUAACAAAUUAAACACUUAUUCUCUGGAGCAGUAAUAUACUGUAAAUCCAGUGAUGGCCAGUAAUUGUGGAUUUCCAGUUCCCUAGAUCAGGCUGAAACUUAGAGGUGUUGAAAUUCCCAUUCAUAACUGCAAAAGAAACUACAAAGUUUCAAGAAAGAAAUUUAAGAUUAAUAUCAUGACAUGCUGUGAAACUCUUUUCAUAAAAUAAAUCAGAGAACAGGACAUCCAUGUAGCAGUAAAAUUCUACUUAACGCAACAUUUAUUGUGUAGAAUAUCUAGAAGUCAUUCAGGGGCUUCAGAAUAUAUUUUCUUAACCAUUACAAAAAUAAAAAACAAAACACCAAAUUGAAGGUUAA